CUAAUUAAACCAGCUUGUCAUUUACUAACUAACUUGCUUAUUUACUUACUAACCAAAUAAAAUAUAACGAAUUUAUUUACUUACUCAUCACAACACAACUAAAAUACUAACGAAAACCAUCGUUUUUUUACCAUCCUUUCUCCUCAAUAUUUAUUUAUUUAAUUCGUUAUUUAUUCUUAUAUAUAAAGCGAGAAUAAUAUUGGCGCAUAGGGUGCAAAAGAUUUAGGCACAGGAAUAGCCUAGUGCAAGAAUAUCACAACUUUAACUCUUGAUUUAUAUUAUUAGCUAAUUAAGCCAGCUAGUCAUUUACUAACUAACUUGCUUAUUUACUUACUAACCAAAUAAAAUAUAACGAAUUUCUUUACUUACUCAUCACAAAACAACUAAAAUACUAACGAAAGCCAUCGUUUUUUUACAAUCCUUUCUCCUCCAUAUUUAUUUAUUUAAUUCGUUAUUUAUUCUUAUAUAUAAAGCGACAAUAAUAUUGGUGAUGAAGGUGCAAAAGAUUUAGGCACAGGAAUAGCCUAGUGCAAGAAUAUCACAACUUUAACUCUUGAUUUAUA